AGGAGGAGGAGAGAUGCAGGACAGUGUGGGAACAAGUUUCUUUUUUUUUUCCCUUUUUUGUCGUUUUUGGUGUAACAGUCCGUCUGGAUGUCAUUCCAGAGGUUGACAGCAUGUCUUGCUGUGAGGUGGUGUGGGAAAGGAAACAUGGAGAGCUGUUUAAAACGGAUGAAUCAGCAUUCUGGGCUUUAUCAAAUUUAACAAGCCUGUUGUGCGGGUCCCAAGUGGGUGUUGCUGCGGUGGUAAGGGCCAAGUCCGAGUUCUCAGGUCUUACAGGAUGCGCUUGAGAUGACACUGACAAUGGCAGCUAUAUGGGAGAUGCGAACCUGCAGCACCGUCCUGUGGUCAGCCGGCAGUACUACACGUUGCCGGGCAACGGUGUGGAGCGUCGCACGUCGGCCCCUCCGGCCUCGCUGGCCCCGGAACCACCGCGCUUCCACCCACAGGCCAAGGGCAAGAACAUCCGCCUGGACGCUCAUCUGCGGCGCGCCACGCGCAAGAACAGCUUCUGCAACGGCAUCACCUUCAGCCAGCGGCCCGUGCGCCUCUACGAGAAAGUCCGGCUGCGGCUCUCGGCCAUCCACAGCGGCUGGAGCGGCGCGCUGCGCUUCGGCUUCACCAGCCUGGACCCCGGCGAGCUGGCCUCCUCCGACAUCCCCAAGUACGCCUGCCCGGACCUGGUGACGCGGCCGGGCUACUGGGCCAAGGCGCUGCCCGAGAGGCUGGCGCUCAGGGACAACGUGCUAGCCUUCUGGGCCGACCGGCACGGCCGGGUCUUCUACAGCAUCAACGAGGGCGAGCCCAUCCUCUUCCACUGCGGCCUGAGCAUCGGGUGCCCACUGUGGGCCAUCAUCGAUAUCUAUGGGAUCACGCAGGAAGUCACGCUGCUGGAGAGUACGUUUGCUGAGAGUGUUGGAGCCAGCUGUCUGAGUGCGGUGCGCCUGAGCGCCUACCUGCCACAGAGCAGCCACGACUCAGCCAACUACAGCAACAACCAGCUGGAGAGCAGCCAGGCGGCGGCCGCCAAGAUGGCCACCCUGCAGCUGGCGCCCUACAACCAGCUCAUCCCCUGCUGCUCCUCUUCGCCCUCCGCCUCCUCCGCCCUCAACAACCCUACCUCCUCCACCUCCUCUUCCUCCACCUCCUCGACGUCAUCUACGUCCAACGGCGGCGGCAGCGGCGGUGGUGUCGGGCCAACCACCCCUCCGCCGUUGAUCCUCUCCUCGGCCGGGCCGAGGCUCAUGGCGCCCCCCUCCUCUUCCUCCUCCUCCACCUCCCCCCGUGGCGGCGGUCUCGCCUCCUCCUCCUCCUCUUCCCCCCUGGACACGGACCUCCACUUCCACCCCGUGCGCGGUUCUGACGUGGUGCUGUCCGCCGACCGCACGGCCGCCUGCGUCCACUUCCUGGACGGCAGCCGCACACUGGUGUUCGGCGACCGGCCGCUGCGCCCCGGCGAGACGCUCUACGUGGAGGUGGGCCACCUGGGCCUGCCCUACCUGGGCGCGCUGCUCUUCGGCGUGACCUCGUGCGACCCCGCCGGACUGCAGGCUGCCGACCUGCCCGCUGACCCCAACCUGCUGCUGGACCGCAAGGAGUACUGGGUGGUCUACCGCGGCUUCCCCAUGCCCUGCGCCGGCGACGUGCUCAGCUUCUGCCUGCUGCCCAAUGGCGAGGUCCACCACGGGGUCAACGGCGGCGCCCGCGGACGCCUGCUCUGCGUGGACGCCUCGCAGCCCCUCUGGGCCUUCUUCACCCUCCACGGCGCCGUCAACCGACUCAGGAUCCUGGGCACUCUGCAGGCCAGCCCUCCCCUCAGCUCUCCCUCCAUCUCGCAGAGCAGCUCACCAGACGACAGUGAUUCCGACCUAGCCUUCAGCGUCAACCGCUCCUCGUCCGCCUCUGAGUCAUCUCUGGUCACGGCCCCGAGCUCCCCGCUGAGUCCACCGGUUUCGCCCACCCUACCCUCCCCAGAGGCGCCCUCCGGAGGCGGGGGCAGCAAGAGCGGCGGGGGCAGCAAGAGCGGCGAGUGCACGGUGUGCUUCGACCAGGAGGUGGACACGGUCAUCUACACGUGCGGACACAUGUGCCUGUGUCACGAGUGCGGCCUGAAGCUCAAGAAGCAGAUCAAUGCCUGCUGCCCCAUCUGCAGGAGGCCGAUCAAGGACGUCAUUAAGACCUACCGGCCCUGAGGCCACAG